AUGGCGACUCCUCAGAGCAGCUCCAGACAGAGCAGCUCGCUCUCUUCAUCCCCCAUGAGGUAAGAAUCAGCGCGGUCUGAUCAUCAUCAUCAUCAUCGUCUUCUUCAUCACCGAUCGUUUUAAUUUAACUUUAGGUUUAAAACAAAGUAUGAAACAGACGGAUCGGUCCGGAUGUCAGUGAAUAAAAAUAACGGACAGAAACUGAAAAACUCCACAUUUGCUCCCCUCCCUCUCUGCACACGUCAUACACAUGUAGAAAUAAACACAUAAACAAGCCAAUAACACCACCCCAGAAAAACACAGCGGCGGACUUUGACCCCUGCCCUCCCCUGAUUAUGGGCAGUAAUGAUGUCAGCGGAGAGGGAGAGACGCCGGUGUCACGGCAGCCUGUAGGAGCACAGAUUGAGGUCCACGGUGGCGACAGGGUCCAGUAGUGAGAUGAAUUCAUCACAGACGUGUCUGAUAACAGAGCGGCGGCUGUGAGGAGGACGGGUUAUAUUUGGCGUGUCGUGUUUUGUCAGGAAGAUGAUAAACAUGACGGCUGCGUAACAUCAGGUAAAAAAGACAGACUUUUAAAAGGGACAGCAGACACUGAUAACCAGAGAAAAUGUUCAGAAAAUUAAUAUUUAUGCUUUUUGUUUCUCUGUCGUUUUACUGAAUCUUACAAAAUCUUAUUAAGUCACUCACAAAAAUGACAAACUGCACCUUUAAUUCAAUGCACAAGCUGUUUAUUGAAAUCAGUAUCAGUAUUUGCAAAUAUAAACUUGUUUAUUUUCAGCCCAGAUGACAAAGUCUGAGAUCUAAAGUAGUUCCUGGUGUCUCUGAGGCUCAUUCUUUUCUGUCUACAUUUGUUGGUAUCGGCUGUUUAAACACAGAUAUUUAUCGACUCCUGUAGAAUUAACGGUUUUCCCCCUGAAUGUCUCGCAGCGCUCUGACAUCAGCUCAGAAACGUUCCUUAAAGGGGUUUGUGUGUUUUAUACGUGUGAGUUCAUCUUACAUGAAUCUGAAGAGGACCGAAUCACAGCAGAGUUUUGUUUGGGAAAGUGUUCUUUUGGUUUUUAGAGGGAAAGCCACAACUAUUUUCUCUGCUCAAAAACAAAAGCACCAAAAAACAGAGGAAGUCUCAGCCGCAGAAAAGCUGUUUCCCCUUCACUGAUGACUCUGAUGUUAAUAAAGACCGGUACGAGCUGGAUUUGGACCUCACCUGUUACUAAAACCUGAACGACACGCUGAAGGUAACUUUAUAACAGCAGAUUAUUUAACAACAGUUUAAUUUGGAGCUUUAUGGCUGCAAAUGUCAAACCUCAGAUGUUUUCUGUAAGGGCACGACUUUCAGGUCGCUCCAUAGCUGUGUAAAAAGUAACACCCACAAACUGUGCCUCGCUGUAUGUUAGCGGAAAAGAAGCUGAAAUUAGGAGCUUUGAGAAAGAGGCUGAACUGAGGGGUUACUCCGACGACAGAAAUAGAUUUUUUAAUGCAAAGCCACAACGACUUUAUUCUGACUUUAUUCUCGUAAGUAAUGACUUUAUUACGACUUUUUUAAUCUCAAAAUUUCAACUUUAUCAUGUGAUUUUGUUUUUUUUUAAUAAAGAAGUUUUGACUCUAAUCUCUUAAUUUAGUUUUUUUAUUUUGACUUUUUAAAUUUCGACUUUAAUCUGAAAAUUUCAAAUUUAAUCUAGAAAUUUCAUUUUUUUGUUCCGACUUUUAAAAUUUUGACUCUAGACUCAAAGUUUUGAAUUUAGUCUUGAAAUUUCAAUUUUUUACAUUUCAAAUUUUUAAAUUUCAACGUUUUAAAUUUCAACUGUAAUCUUAAAAUUUCAACUUUAAUUUUUUCAUUUCAAUUUUUUUAUUUUUUGACUUUAAACUCAAAAUUUUGAAUUUAAGCUUGAUUUUUUCCAUUUCAAAUGUUUUAAGUUUCGACUGUUAUCCCAAAAUUUCGACUUUAAUUGCGAAAUUCCGAUUUUUUCAGUUCGACUUCUUAAAUUUCAACCUUCAAUCUCGAAAUUUCCACUUUAAUCUUAAAAUUUAGAAAUGUGUUCAUUGUGAGUUUUUGAAUUACGACUUUUAUCCCAAAAUUUUAAUUUUUGACUUUUUGAAUUGCGACUUUAUCUCGAAAUUUAGACUUAAAUCCCAAAAUUUCGAUUUUCUUCAUUUCGACUUUUUAAAUUUAGACUUUAAUCUCGAAAUGUCUUUUUUUUUUCAUUUCAAACUUGUCAAAUUUUUCCUUUAUCUGGAAAUUUUUGACUUUAAUCUCGAAAUUUCCAUUUUCUUCAUUUCGACAUUUUAGAUUUUAACUGUAAACUCAAAAUCUCGACUUUCAUCUUGAAAUGGAAAUGAGAAAAAUCUUCCUCCUGUAAUUAUUUUCUGCUCUUCUUGUGGUCCUAAUUCUCUUUCGUAGAAAUGAGAGGUGACCAUGAGUAAAAAAAGUCUGUUUUAAGAUGUUGACUGACCGCACUCGAGCAGCUGAUUCAGAUCACUUUAUUUUCCAUCCUUGUAUUUGUCCUGAGAAAUAUUUACCAGCUGAUGUUUGUUUGUUCAUUUGUUCAUCAUCUCCAAACCAAUAUAUCUGCUUCAGCUCAGAUCCUAACUCAGCAGAGAUUCAGGAAGUGCCGAGGUCAAAACCUCAGCGACAACGCAAACACGAACACAAACACCCACGCUCUUCACUCCCUCCCACCUUCACAGGACGCUCCCACAACAUCUGUCCUCAGUUUGAUUCCAUAUUUGAGUGCAUAUCAGCGCGCCGACGUCAGAGAUUUAAAACACAAAUCUGAAAAAUCUGUCCAACACGUGGGAAAAGACUUUACCAAACAGAGAGAGCGAAGCGAAAACAGCAGCUGUCACGCUUUUCACGCUGUCACGAAAAGGCCAAAAAAUAAAAAACCUGCCAGCUGACCCGAACCUGAGAGGAAACCAUCAGCAGCUGCAGGCCUGGCCCUUCAAAAUAAAACAACUUUAAGACUAUUUGUUCAUUAGAGCGAUGUUUCUCUGGUGUUUUGAUAAAGUUCAGGCCAAAGAAAACAAAUCCAGAACUUAUUGUGUGUUUUCAAACCUUCAUGGUGAUCAAUCUUCAAAUAAACCAGCCCAGAAAAGUCCCUUUUUUUCCCCGCAGACAAACCCUGAUUUAUGUGUUUGUUGUGUCAGACGCUGAUGUGGAGGAGCCUCUUCAUCAGCUGCUCUGGUGGAGUCUGUUUCACUCAUCGAUAAUGAAUAUGAAGAUACAUCUUCUGACAGUCGUGUGUUUACAAAUGCUUACACAGCGCCGCAGAAGACGAGUAAUGAAUGCCCCUGGAUAUCAGAUCAGCACAGCUGUCACGCCAUUCACAGGCAACCAGGAAUAAACAAACUUGGUCUCAUUGUCAGCCUGUCCCUCUCUCACACACACACACACACACACACACACACACACACACAGAGUCUUGUUUGUUUGGUAACAGUCGGUAAAUGGACUGAUGAAAGGAGCCAAAUGACUGAAUUGUAUUAGAAUAAAUCACAAACACACACACAUGCUCUCAGAUGACAAACAUCUACACAACAGAACCAGCGCUUUGCUGGGAUCGCUCUAUCUGGACCAUCAGGGUCUCGGGUUUCAGUCUGAGAGGCGCGGUCAUCAGGGAGCUGGUUAACCGAGUUUCUGCGACGUCACUCGUCUGUUUUGUUUUUGUUUCUCUACCUCGUGGAUUUGUGCGCAGGUGUUGUAAGGUUGCGCAGGUGCGAGUUUGCCGAGUUAAGAGAGAGACACAAGACUCCUGGGAAUUAUGCAAGACUAAAGAAUGAAAUCCAGAGAGCACAUAUGGCAGUGGUAAUGUCAGAAAUGACUGCAAGUCCAAGCAAACUCUGUGGAACUCUGCAGAAAUGUUCAGUUUGGUUUCCAGCCGGUCUGAUCGGUCAAAUGUGUCUGACAGAGAAGAAACCUGGAAAACCGUUAUUGUUAGCAUGAUGUUGACAUUUUUAUGAGUUAAAUGACGAUCAGGAGACCAUUAAAAAAAACAUCUAUGUUGAUCGUCUUUAACUGUUUCAGGAUGGUAGGUUUAGUCUAUAAUCUGGACAUGGUAGACGGAGUUCCAUAGAAAGUUUUCAGGGGGAAUUAUGGAUCGUGGGAACGUCUGACAUCAGUUAAUUUUUAACACGCAAACUUUCAGUCUUUUGUCUUUAUUUGAAGAGGACAGGACAGUGGACAGAGAGGGCGACAGAGACCAUAACCUCCAUAUUUUAAGAUUGUAGCUGUCUGUAGUUAUCAUGAAUUUCUUUAUUUAAAUGAUCAAAAUUAUUCUAAACUUUGCAAAAUCUAUUUACUGUAAUAUUUUGUCAAAACGACACAAAGAAGAACAAAUUUAGCAGCUGAUCCAAUCAGAGGUCCAUCUUCCAGGCCUGGUGUCUUCUGACUCUCUCCACCAAUAAAGGUGAACCCCCAACGAAAUGAAAUACCGCCAAAUUACUGCUUUGUUUUUGCUAAGUUUUUGUGACCUGAUCAUAAAACUUCCAUGUUAUACCAAGUCUUGGAGUUAAAGAUAGAGUCAAAAAACUGCAGUUCCUCCAGUGUCCACUUGGAGCUCCAGAGGAAACCCCAAUAAGUCCCAUGUUAGAGGGUUGGGUUUUAAAUAUGUUUACAGGUUGAGUUAGAAUCUUCAAUAAAGUGUCUGUCAGUAUCGGGCUUCUGUAUGUCUCUCCAGACACUAGAGGUGUGCAGCGGUACCUGCCUCACAAUUCAGUCUGAUUAUCUGCUUAACGAUCCGAUUUGAUUCUGCCAUGCAUCACGAUUCUUCUCACUAUUUUUUAUAACUAAUUUUUCAUCACUUACUACAAACAGUCAGAUACAUAUUCUUUUGAACUCCUUUUUUAUUUCAAUAUCCCUGAAAAACAAAACAUUAAUCUGUCCACUGUAGAUUGUGAAUCAGGAUUUGCUCGCUGUUUUCGUAGCUGUUGCUGACGAAGUCCUCACAUGGUAAAAACGUUUAAAAUGUUUUGUCACAUUUGUUGUAUUCCUAAAGUACUUUAUUUUCAUGUGGCAGACUUUACACACAGCGUGCGUCUUCUCAAGCUUCCCAUCAAGUUCAUAAAAGCCGAAAUUAACCCAGACGUAUAAUUUAACGGUAAUGGGUGCAUCUUUGAUUAUCGUGUCCUGGUCCGCGUUUUCUGUUGUAUUAACGCUAGUUUGCAUGUCAUUGCAACUUUGCCCCCCGCUAGUCGUUGAAACCUCGCAACUUUAUUGUCCAAAUGCCGCCAGAAAAAUAAUAUAAUAAAGAGGGAAAAGAGCGAAUAUGUCACGUCGCUCCAUCGAUGCAGAAUCGUGAUGCAUCUUAGAAUCGAUUAUUUUUUCCACCUCUACCAGACUCCGGUUUAAUUCAGUCUAUGAUGUUAACCCCUUUAAGUAGAUGAUGGUUAUUAUAAAACAUACGCCCGGUGUCUCAUGGAGAUUACCUAUAGUUAUAGUUUGGCCCCUCAGGAGCAUCUCUAGUCCUGACUCAGAUAUAGACCGGACCUGGUGUUGCACAGUGAACCUGCACUGUGUUGCAUGCUAAAAGAGAGCCUCUAAACCAUGUCGUAAUUCAAGAGGAAACCUUUUAUAGUGCAGAAAAAAGUCUUUAAUGCAUUUACCUCCAGGUCAACCCCGACCCUUGGCCCUUUGGUGCCUGUCAUCACCCCUCUCUGUUCCCCUUAUAUGCUUUCACCGUUCACUGCAGUCUUGGACGAAGACAAAGACGAAAAGAGGUUUUUGAAAAAUGAAGCGCCAUCAUCAGGUUAUUAAAGUCCCAACAAUCCUAAAUCAGUCCCAGAAUGACUGAUAACUGAGUCGAACAAACUACAGAGUGUGUAUAUUUCUCCUCUAACGAGAGAAAGAGCUAACAACAGAGAGGGUUCAGUCCGAUUUGGUGGAGCUGAGAGACGGAGAACAAAUAAAAAACAGACGGAGAGUCUGCUGGUGGAGGUGAGUCUGCUCUUGGCUGCACAUGACAGCCCGUCUCAAACAUCUGGAAGUCAGAUGUCUGCCUCUGCGUCCAGGAUUCAGCUGUACCAGUCAGAGGCCACGAUACUCCCUCAACAGGCGCUACUUCAGGAGGAGAGCAGAACUCAACCUUCGCCUUCGGAAAGUCAAGGCGUGACCCGCACAUCCAGAAGUACCAUUAGCCAUGUGCUUUGUCCAUUUGUUGAGCUCAUCUGACGCCUUUUUACAAGGUGAGGCGGCGGUUCGUCCCUCACUGCAGCUGUGGCCUCAGUUAGUUCAGACGGUUCUGCUCGGUGAUACUCUGGUUUCUAAGAAGAAGAAGAAGUCUCCAACAUCCUAUGUGGUCUCUUUGUGUAUCUGCUUCCAUAUUUAAUCCUCUCUGGGACAACAGUGUCCUUGUUUCCUCCUGUCAGUGGAAGCCAAAGCCACAAUGCUCUGCUCCCAAAAUCUUGCAGCUCAUUCUGCCCACAUUUCCAUUCACUGGGCCGCGCUGGACUGCGGUUCUGCUGCGGCAUUUGACAAAAAUUUCCAUUUGUUCAUAAGUGACAUCAGGCGUCAGACUGUGAUACCCGUGAACAGCAGACUCUGGAGGACAGUGACGGCCUUCUUCCUGCUUACAUCGCUGAAUGACUUCCAUAUCAGAAAAACCGUGUUGGGAACAAACUGAACAGAAAGAGUCGCAGCCAGAGGAUGAAAUAAAAGCACGAGCAAACACAUGUUGGACUUCUUUCCCAGAAAAACUGCCUGGCGUGCCGACUCUACUGCAUGAGGUCUGUGGAUAAUCGAGAAUUGGACGAAGAAGAUUUUAAAAACAUCCAGACGGGGCUCUGAUCCAAAACCCUCCACUUUCACAGCCUGCUUAUCAUGUCCUCCUCUGACAAAAACAACCUUAUCCUGCUGACUCUUUUGUUAAAAGUUAAAGGGAUGUUUCAGCUUUUUUUUAAGUGAAGUGAAGGAUCCAAUUACCAAUUAAUCGGUCGAUUCUUAAAAUUUUUAUGAAGUUCUAAAAAAUACAUAUAUACUGUACUGUAGAUAUACUGUAGGCUACUGCUCUUCACGCCGACAGGAAGACCGACUGAUCAAACUUGGACCAGAAAAGCGUUUUCAACCACCCCACCUCGCCGAUCAGUGCCACAACGUCUUAACUCACGUUACAACUCACGCUGCCUCAGUAAGAGAAGUCGCUCGAUCACUAAUGUGUACUGUAGUUUAUUCUACCGUUACUGGCACGGCUAACAGUGUAGCAAGGCUAAUAGCAGCCAUUGAGGUGGACCACUCUCCUCCGUGCGUCCCUGAGCUGCCUGCUUCAGAUCCGUCACUCUGCUGUGCUGUGAGGUAGUUAGUGGAUCAAGAUUGUCAUGAUCUCACUGCGCCAUCUUCAGGAUAAGUCGGGGAACUUUUCAAAUGGCGGAACAUUUUCGAAGUGAAACCGAAUCUUAUUUAAUCGGUCGGGCCCAAGUAACAAGCCAAGAGGGGCGUGUCAACACCUGUAGCAGAGGUGGACAUGCUUCUGUCAACAGUUUCAUUCCUCGCCCAGUGCAUUUAAACUGGGGCAACGAUUGAAGUCCACUUAAAUCUCCCAAUCCAGCGAUGACCGUAAACGUAAAGAGGAUGCAGCCUUCGUCUCAACAGCUGCUGGUCGUUUUCCGCCAUGACGCUUUCUUGCUCGUUAUCCCUCACUCUCUAUGUCCCAUGGUUCCCUCCUCUCCUCAGCUGUCCGAUCUUAUAAAAUUAAAAAAAAACCUCAAAACUAAAAAGCACAAUAAAGCGUCCCUCAUCAGUCAUCAUCAAACGUAUCCCUUGGUUUUUGGAGCAGCCCCAUGUGGACACUGAAGGAACUACAGUUUUUUUUUUGCACUUUCACGUUAACAUCAAUGUCUUCAAUGCUGGAGGACAUUGGAGCAUAACUGUGCGUGAGAUUUUGUGUAAUUAUUCUUAUUUGUAAGCCUGAGUAAGACGUUAAUCUCCCACAUUUAUUAAAACAGACUGUUUGAGGUUUACUUUAAUUUGAAACAGCCGGAAAGUGAUCCUGAAACAGACUGAGCGCCAGCCAGCAUGACUCAACCCGUGUCCACGAUCCAUGAGGUGUUGUACAUUAAGUCUGAUUCACCUGUAGCCUCGGGUGAUUCUUUAAAACUGGUCUUGUAAUGUUCAGCCUCGAUCCGAGCUUGAGCGACAACAGGUGCUCCACUCCCGUUUCAAACCUCCCCGUCUGUAUCGAGUGGGCCGGUCCAGCAUGUAAGGCCGUGAUGUGACCACCCCUGUGGUUUAAAGCACAUUUGUACAGUCAUUUAUUUCCCUUGUCCUCAUGAUGCGAUUAGCAAACAACCCACAGACAGCACACGCUAGGAGAUUAAUGCUCACGGUGUUUUCAUGCGGAUGUUGUUGCUGUUUUUAGCCUCGAACAAACUGACUCACACCCUGUGAUGGAAUUCUGUCAGAGGUCCGUGUCUGCGCCUGUUUGUUUCUUCUUCUUUUUUCUUUGCAGCAGGUUUUCCUCACUGUAAAAAUGUCUGUCAGCAGGUGAUCCCAGCUUUAAAGUAGCUCUGUGUCACAGAGAGUAGAUAUUUAUACAUAAAUGGGGUACCUGGUUCGUUUUAGGGACAUUUCAGACAGAAAAUCCACAGAUCAUGUCUGCUGGAACUGAAGCAAAAGUUAGUUUAUUGUAGCGAUAAUCUUAAAAGAUAAGACAAACAAAUGAUUCACCUCCUCAUGUCUUUUAAAAGUUAUAUCCUAGUUCUUUGUAUAUUUGUGUGAGUUUACCACAGUCCACUGUGAUAUAUUAGUAUGAGACAUUAUACAUUAGGAUACAACAUGAUAUAAUACAUUACAAUACAACAUGGUGGGCUAAUGUUGUGAUUAGUUCAUUAAGUGUGAUAUAAAAGUGUAUAAUUUGAUGCAAUACAACAUAAUGCCAUAGGGUUGGAUCCAUUAUAAGACGAUGUGAAACAAUGUGUAACAGGAUACCAUGUGGUACAAUUUAAUACAAUACAAGGUAAUAGGAUACAUUUUGAACCAGUAAGUAAUGUUACUUCAUGUUACGUUACAUCAUGUUGUUACAUGUAACAACAGGUUGUGUUAAAUUCAGUUGCGUUGUGUUACACUACAUUAGUUUGCAUUGGGUUACAUUGCAUUAUGUUGCUUCUCAUUGCAUUGUAGUAUUUAACUUUUUUAAAAUAGAAUUUAUGUUAAUAUGAACAAUUAAACAGUACACAUUAAAGACAUAAACACAAAAAACAGAAAGAAAACAAAACCAGAGAAUCAAAUAAUUUUGUCAUUUGCAUGUUUAAAAUGGAGUGAGAGGAAGUCGAAACUUGUCUGGUCCCAACCCUUCAGCUAACCUUACAUCAAGUUAUGUUAUGUUACAUGAGGUCCCUGCGCCAUCUACAGGAUAAGUCAGUGAACUUUUCAAAUGGCGGAACAUUUUCGAAGUGAAACCGAAUCUUAUUCUCUGCAUUUUAUUUUUGUUUUGGCGAGUUUUGGCCGAUUACCGAUCAGUCUCAAACGGGCUAAAAUUGGCCGCUUUAACCGGCUCGCCGAUAAAUCAGUCAGGCCCUUUAUUGCGAUGCGUAACAUUGCACUACAAUACCCUAUUUUCUGUCACGUAAUGUUAAGUUACAGUGUGUUACCCCACAUUAUGUUACAUAAUGUCAUUUUGUGUAAUGUUACGUUACACCAUGUUAUUCCACAUUAUGUUACGUUGCGAUAUCUUAUGUUAGAUAGUUAUUUUGUGGAAUGUAACGUAACAUAAUGCUAUGUAGCAUUAUGUUAUGUUAUGUUAUGUAACAGUGUGAUGUCACUUAAUGUUUUGCUAUAUUAAGUAAUGAUAAGUUGUUACACAAUAGAAAACAAUAGAAUAAAAUUGAAACUGAUACAGUGUGAUCUGUAGAGGUUGAAUUAUCUGCAUUUUAUUAUUUCCAAAGUUUAAAAACAAAUCAGCCAGUCUCUUACAUUUUUAAAAUCUCUUCAUAUUGUAUGUGCAUGGUAUUUAACUCUCACAUAGCCGACCAGUACAGCCACACUCCUGAAUCCUACAUCUUUAAAUCACCUCGCAGACUUCCAGCUCGGUCUGUAACCUCUCGGUUUCAUAAAUGUGGGUUUGAAUCAGAGACGAUUACAGAGCAGAACAGUCAGAGCAGCGGCAGCAGCCUCUCAGUGACUCAUCCAGCAGAACUACUCCAUGUCUCAUACAAAGUUAAAAAGUGAAUCAUCUAAAAGCUCAAGUUAACAAUUUCUCCUGAAGUGUUACAGGAAGAGUGAGCUCACUGUCGGCCUGAUCUCUUACAUAAACCUGAACAGGAUUCAGACUUUAUUCACAGACCAGCCUGUCAGACUUCUGCAUGUUUGUUCCUUUUGAUAUAUCUAAGCUUAUAUUUUAUUAUAAGCUGAGUGAGGUCCUCUUUUAAGUUGUUGUUGUUCCUUUUUCGGCGUACUGUCAACAGAUCCCACAAAAAGACCAAAACCGUCUCCGUAGGAGAGCUUCUGUCAACAUUUUCAGAGGGUUGUUUUUGAAGGUGGUUCCCAAAGUUUUUCCAUGAUGUGAAGUUUGACGGACAGCUGAGUGGGAUCAAAACCUCUCUGUCACCAAGCUGCAACUUAUAAUGACGUAAAUGAAGCCAGUGUGGGAGUGCCGAAAAGAAAAUGCAGUUCCAUGUGUGUCCAGUAGAGGGCUGAUUGACAAAGCAAAGGAAACUCAUUAGAGCGCACAGUUUUUACGGUCGAAUUUAACACGUUUACAUCCUCGUUUACAAAACAUUUUGGUCUCUCUCAUUUUUUUAAUCAUCAUGAUGAUAUUUAGGCUAAGAUGCUGUUUAUUCUCGGCCUCAGCUCCGCCUUCUUGAUCUGGUUUCUGAGCCGAAAAUUUGAGUUUUUUCACCAGAAGGAGAAUGACCAUGUUUGGGCUUCAUGACACCCCCCCUGAAAUGAACAACAUUUAAAAACAUUAUUAACUUGUUUAAUUCAGGAGCUUUUUAACACCUGAAUGAAUUGAUAUUUACUCGAUGAAUUUGCAUGAAUAAUUUGCUCUUUUUUGCGUGCCGUAUUGUUUCUACAGAGAGUGCCCAAAGCUGUGAAUUCAUGCUAGAGAGGAGGAGUUUCGAACCCUCCUGGGAGAUCUCCGCAUAAAUAUUCACACAAGUAUCGUGAUUUUUUGUUUUACAACUUUUAAAUCAAUUUUUAUGUUCAAAAAAUUUUUUUUUUUCAAAUUUAAGAAUAAAUCUUAAAAACUGACUUACAUGUGAUCUGUAUUUUUUGGGGAGAUAUGGUAAAAUCGACUGACUUACAUGUUAUUAUCGUAGAAUCGCAAUUUAAAUCGAAUUGGCAUCCAAAAAAAUCGUAGAAGCACUACUAAUAAUCCAGACUGGACCUGGAGCAGCUGCAGUUUGUGCACCAAUACAUUUCAUUUAUUAUUGAAUUUUGUUGUAACACCAUAUAUAUGAUUAAUUUUAACAGAAGUCCUGCAAACUCCCUAACGCCUUUAAAGUUUAAGGUUUUGUUUGACAAGUGCAUCAUAUGAGAAAAAAAAACAUUAAAACAAAUAUAAACUGAAAUAAAAACAUUAUUUAAUACAAGAAAACUGAACAACAGCAUCAAAAUUUAUCAAACCUGAAGUAAUACCGAAGUAAAAAUAAGAACUUGUGAAAAGUAUUCUAACUUUGAUGGUGAGCAUUAUGGGGUUAAUUUGCACCGAUCAGCAAAUAUAAUUUUGCACAGUUUGAUCUGGAUGCACUGGUGACAAAACGCCGUAACAGACGGUCUUCUUGUCAAAUCAUAAAACAGAGGAAACAUUAAAUUCAUAAACCUUCAAGUUUUUGAGCAAAAACAGAUAAAAGUCUUUUAAAAGUUUCCUGAAAACAAACAUUUUAACCAAAAUAAGAAAAAAGUGAAAUAAAUCAUGACAAUUUCAGCCUUUAUUAAAAAGUUUCCUGAUUUUUUUUAUCAUUCAAACUAAAGCCUCCGUAUUUUGAUGGUCAGUCCUGUCUCUGCUGUCGUCACUCAGUUUUCUGACAGCUGUCCGUCGCUCUGAAAGCGUGACGCUUCCUCUCGGCACGACCGCGGUUAUCUGAGAUAAUCGAGCCGCUGUAGCCUGACCCUCUUCUGGCCCUGCAUGUAAAUAUUUGUCAUUCCCUGCGAGCUGAAGAGCACCGCUUCCCCUCCUUUGGAAAACAAGCCCAUUAUUAUUAUCAUCAUCUUUUUUCCCCCUCCUGCGCGGCGAGGGGAAGGUUCUGCGGUCUGAUGGGCGUGUAAAUCAAGACGGGUUCAUCCUCGCAUCGUGUCGUUAUAUAACUAUGGAAAAUGACUCCAAAUGGCCUCGGUGGGUUCAGAUUUUUGCAUAUUUCUGCAAAGUUUGGUUGUUUGUUUUUAUAAUUUUCAUCUCAAAAUGAAACUUUGGAGUUAUUCAGAAACAUGUAAGAGAAAACGAUGCUGAUGAAGAGUUGAAAGCUUUAUUUGUCUCUUCGUUCGUGACAGAGAUCGAGCUCUUUGUGGCUCAUUUGACUCAUUGACUCUGAGUCACUGUGUAAUUCACAGCUGUGUGAUUAAACCCAAACAAACACAACACCAUGAUGGUGAGUGUUUUUAAUCCUGAGGAGGAGAAAGUGAAGAUCAGCAGUAGUUAGCUGAAUUUCUUAUAUUUCAUCCUCUUAUUACGGGAACUACACUCUGUGACACCGUGGAGCAGUUUAAUUUUUACAAGUCUACCUUCACAGUUAAUUACAUCUUCAUCCUGUUUUAAGUUGAGGGAGAUUUGAGCUUCCUCGCUCUGCCUCCUACAGACUUUAUCGUUCCACCUCCUCGCCUGACAGAUGAUUGACAGGGACUCCAAUUUAUUUACAUAUCUAUACACGUCUGCAGUCGGUGUGUUUGUGUGUUUGUGUGUGGGUGCCCUCGUGCUCCAUGCUCCACAACUUCCUGUUUUGGGAAAAAGUUCACACAUAUAAAACUAUCUGGGUAGAACUUUAUUUUAAAGGGAUAUUUCACUAUUUUUUCAGCCAAAGUGAAUCGCAGAAAGGCAUUUUAACAAUAUUUAACAGACUCCAGCCCGAGCGCUCAUCUCAAUCCACUAUUGAUAUAACACAUUUUAAAAACAUUCAAGUUCACCAAAGUGCUGCGCAGUAAAAUCACAAGAACAAACACUGCAGAAGAAGAAAAAAAAACAUCAAGAAGAAAGAAAUAAAAGCAGGUAAAAAACAUUUAAAAUAUAUUAAAUAAAAACACAGUUUGGACUCCGCCAGGGCUGCCCUUUGUCACCGGUUCUGUUCAUAACCUUUAUGGACAGAAUUGGAGGGUGUCCAGUUCGGCAGGCAGAGGAUCACGUCGCUGCUUUUUGUGGAUAAUGUGGUUCUUCUAGCUUCGUCAAGCAGUGACCUUCAGCUCUUGCUGGGGCGGUUCUCAGCUGAGUGUGAAGCAGCUGGGGUUCGGAUCGGCGCCUCCGAGUCCGAGGCCGUGGUCCUUAGUUGGAUUUACUGGUCGGUCUACGUGCCGAUCCUCACCUAUGGUCAUGAACUUUGGGUAAUGACCGAAAGAACAAGAUCGCAGAUACAAGCGGCUGAAAUGGGUUUCCUCCUCAGGGUGUCCGGGCUCAGCCUUAGAGAUAGGGUAAGGAGCUCGGACACUCAGGAGGCGCUCAGAGGAGAACCGCUGCUCCUCCACGUCUAGAGGAGUCAGCUGAGGUGGCUCGGGCAUCUGGUUAGGACGCCUUCUGGACGCCUCCCGUUAGAGGUGUUCCAGACAUGUCCCACCAGGAGGAGACCUCAUGGCCGGCCCAGGACCAGGUGGAGGGAUUAUAUCUCUUGCCUGGCCUGGGAGCGCCUGGGAAUCCCCCCGGAGGAGGAGCUGGUGGAUGUGGCCGGGGUGAGGGCCGUCUGGGCUUCCCUCCUGAAGCUGCUGCCCCUGCGACCCGGACUCGGAUGAAGGGGAAGAAAAGGACGAAACAUAAAAGAAAUAGAAGUGAUAAAAGGACCAUAAAAGAUGUAAAAGAACAGAGAUCUGAACUAAAAACCAAGGAAUAAAAAUGAGUUUGAAGGCAUUUAAGUGUAAUCUCUUCUGAGUCGCUGAUUUAUUGAGUAUUUUGAUAUUUUUGCACUAAAAUUUUGCAGAAUACCAAGGAUUGUUCUUGUACAAACUGCAGCAUUAGAAUGAUUGAAGCGAUCUGUUUACCUCUGCAGCCUUAAUUAACAUUAUGUGACAAUUUGGGACAGCAAUGGAGCAGACUGAUAUAAACACGGACACUUCUUUACUUAUGUUGAUUUUUCUUUUGAGUAAUUUAAAGUGCCACAGAGUCGGUAUAAACAGCUGCUUUUGCAUGAUUUAGUUGUGGAUUAAAUAAAAUUAAAGUUGUUUCUUCUUUCUCCUUAAAGAUUUUUACCCUUUACUGAUUCUGGUCAGUGAUAAAUCUUUGUUUUCAGUGAACACAUGACCUCAAAGCGUCUCUUUAACCCGCUCUUAUUCAGUCCCAAAGCAAUAUCGGAGUGUCUCCAGUGAGCUGACAUUUCACACAAACUGCAAACAAGACAAUAAGAAGGAAAAUAUCAAGUUCAGAGACCCUCACCCACGUGUCGACUCAAAGCUGAGGAGUCUGUUUGUGUCCACUGACCUGCCCUGUGACUCAGGGUCUGUGCAGGGCCCACUUAAGUCUUUGUUCAUCAGGGUGAAUCCCGGUGGGAAUCAAAGGGGGGAGGAGUGUUUUCUCAAUCGGUAAAGCUGAAGGAGACGAGCGUGAAGCAGUAAUCCGUGUGUAACGGAACUCUAAUAUACGUCAUUAAUUUUAGAGUAAUUAUUGCACUUUAUAGCAGCAGUUUUAUCACAUGACACAGUUGGAGUUUCAUCGAUUAAGAAGCUUUGGUUUUAUGUAUGUGUAGACCAGAAUGAUACGACAACCAAUAUGAUAAUAUUUUAGUUUUUGCAUGAUUUAAAACCCCCAAAAAUAACCAUAGCUUGGUUACCGUCAGCUGUUCAAUGCACACAACUUUACAAAAAACUUUUUUUUAAGAAUUUAAGGACAUUUAAUUCUCAUACCCCACACCUUUGACAGUCGGUGGUACAAGAUUAUUGUCCAGGUCCGUUUCCAAGCCAAGAUAAUAAAAUACAAAACAAAAAAACAUCCAUAAGAGCGUAUGGAGCAAUCAAAAACACAAGAGCAAACUGUAGACAAUAACGAUCAAGAAUGUGGAAAAAAAUGUAAACAACAAUGUGAACAACAACAAACAAAAAAGUAAAAUAUUUAAACAAAAAUGUAAACAACAAACAAAAAUGUAAUAAAAUGUAAACAACAACAAACAAAAUGUAAACAAAAUUUAAACAACAACAAUCAGGAAUUUCAAAAAUGUAAAAAAAAAUUUAAACAACAAUAAAAAAAUGAAAACAACAUCAAUCAAAAAAUUUUGAAUAAUGUAAAAAACAACAAUCAAGAAUUUCAAAAAAUGUUAACAAUCAAAAAAAUAAUUUAAUCAACAAUCAAGAAUUUUUUUAAAAUGUGGACAAAAAUGUAAACAACAAUCAGAAAUGUAAAAAGAAUGUAGCCAACAACAAUGAGGAAUGUAAAACAAUGUUAACAAAAAUUUAAACAACAAACAAACAAAAAUGUAAAAAAAAAUGUUGACAAAAAUGUAAACAACAAUCAAGAAUGUAAAAAAAUGUGAACAACCAUCAAAAAUUAAAAAAGAAUGUUAACAAGAAGAAUCAAAACUGUAGAAAAAUAUUAACAAAAAUGUAAAAAACAACAAUCAAGAAUGUAAAAAAUGUAAACAACAAUGUUGACUACAACAAUUUUCUUUGCAAACUCAUGAAAUAACAAAUGUCUCCUGACUGAAUAAAAAGCCUCAGAGUAGUUCCGCUUUAACCAUGUUUGUGUUUCCCCACAGCACCCGUAUGCAGUCUCUCCAAGUCGAUUCGGUCCAACGCUGGAUGGAGGAUCUACGCCACAUGACGGAGGUGGAGUGCAUGUGCGUCCUCCAGGCUAAACCCAUCGGGGUGGAGGAGGACGCCCAGCAGGGGGAGCUAAUCGUGGCCUCAGGGGUCGGCACGGGCGACCACGUGGCGAGGAACAACCUGCAGACGCUCCUUCGCCGAGCGCUGGUGGUCAGCACAGAGCUGGGGAAGAUGUUCCAGCGGCUGGAGAAAGGCCGCUGGCAGAGGGUCCACAGCACCGCCGUGAGGGCCAACUGUCACGUCCGUUCACUGGUGCACGAGUACAGCACGGCCAGGAGUACGCCGCCUGAGAUGCAGAAGGUGAAAUAUGGAAGCGGUUUGGUUCUUCAGAAGUUUACACUUCAGCUCUGCACUUCUCAAAAUAUGUCAAAGUUUAGAGCAGGAUACCUCAGAUGACGACACUCGCAUCCUGUAAAAUCAGGCCUCCUUUUCACUUUGAUUAAAUUAUAAUAGUAAGUAUUUCAUGCCGUUACAUAAGAGGGUCUAACUUUAGAAAAUGACCCAUUUAUACUUGUGUCUUUUUACUGGGAUGAUCGGUACGGGAGUAGAACCUGCAGGAACCACCAAGAAGACAAAUUAAACGCUCAUUACUUUCUCGUAUAGAUCCUUGAAUUCCUGCUUUAAAAAAAGUGGUUAUUACAUUAAUAAGCGAAUCAUCGCUCCUUUUCAUGAAAGUGACGAUGAUCAGAAUAUAUAGAAACUUGCAAAUUCGACUGUAGGGGUCACAUCUUAGCAGAUAAAAUGAUGUUUUUAAGAGGUUUCUCAUGAUGAAAAUGUCAGUGUGUAAUAAGAACUUUGGGUUUGAUUCUCCAGCUUUUAUUUUUGUCUUUUUGUCUCAUCAGUACGAGAAAUCUCUGCUGGACAAAUGUAUGGAGCUGACCAACAUCACAGAGAGGUGAGAGUCCGACACAAACUCAACAAGUCACAAUGAGAAAGUGUGAAAAUGUGGAAAAUAUUAAAGAUUGUCCUUCUACCCACAGGUGUCUCCACACUGAUGACGAGUUCUUCCUAAAGUCCAUGAGAGAGGCCAUCCAUGAGAUCCUGACAGACGUCAGCGACUCCUUCAGCAACAUGAUUGACAUGGCGUUAGCCAAUGAGAUCCGGGUAUGUGAGCUCCGUCUUGUGUUUUCAUUCAGGCUCCUACACAUCAAACUUUGGGAAACAAACGUUCAGGAACAGUUUUAAAAAGUCCGACAGGACUGCUAAAACCUGAUCAGGGAUAAACAAAAGAGGAUUAGGGCUAUAAGAAGAGGAAAAAUAAUUACAGGAGGGGGAUUUUCUUAAUUUCCAUUUUGAGAUUAAAAUUACAAUUUUAAAAAGUUGAAAUGAAGAAAUAUCACAUUUUGCACGAAGGCGGCAACCUUCUUUAUGUUUGUCUGUAUUUUUCUUCUGUAAAGUCAUAAUCUUCGGCAAAGUCUUUUCAGAGUCCGAAUAUUUAUGACUGCACUUUGUUUGUGUGCUAAAAGAGCGAGUUUUUUUUUUUUUAUUACUGAAUCAAAUUUUUAAGUAAAGCUUUACAAACUGUGCUCACUGUGCUUCUUCCUCUACAAAGGACGAGUGACGAGAGACAAUACUUUUGAUUCAUUAUCAUUAUCCUCAUCAUUAUGACUUUACUCAUUAAAUUUCAUCUUUAUUUGAAACGACUUUAAUCUUGAUUUCAAUUUAACUGACGAAAUUUCAACUUUAUUCAAGUCGACUGUAAUCGUGAAAUUUUGGCUUUAAUCUCAAAAUUUAAAUUUUUUAAUCUCGAAAUUUUGAUUUUAAUCGCAAAAUUUUACAUUUUUCUACUAAAAUUUGGACCUCAUUGACAUAAUUUAAAUCUCAAAAUUUUGACUUUAAUCUCGAAAUUUAUAUUUUUUAAUCUCAAAAGCUUAAUUUGAGGAUUAAAAUCUCGAAAUUUUAACUUAAAUCUCGAAAGUUAUAUUUUUUUAUCCUAAAAUUUAAAUUUUUAAUCCUAAAAUUUUGACUUCAUUGACAAAAUUUCGAUUUUAUCAAUCUUGAAUUUAAAUUUUAAAUUUUUUAAUCUCGAAAUUUUGACUUUAAUCUUGAAAUUUCGACUUUGCCCACGAAAUUUUCUCUUCAUGUGGCCCUGACCCUUUUUUCGCAGGAACGGCAUUACAGACAGUUUCUAACAGUUCAAGUCACGCGUCCUCAUCUUCUCUGCAGGUCUUGAUCAAACAGAUCGAGUCUUCAGACAACGUUCACACCAUCGGCAGUGCCAUCAGCAACCUGCUGUCCCUCACCCAGGACGGCCCCCAGCUCUGCAGCAUCAUCGCCAAGGUACGCCGCAAACAAAAGCUGUAAAGAAACGAUCAGUGAAAAAAGCUCCAUUUUCCUCUACUGUGUUACACAGCGGUGGACGUCUAAAGGAGACGUGGAUGGUGGGUUGUUUUAAGACCUCUAUCAAAGUACUUCAACUCUUCUUAUCACACAACAGCAGUCUUUAGUUUCAGAGCAGAUUAAUCCCCAAAGUGCUGCGGUUCAUGUGUCCGAGAAGAACCUGAUCCCUCUGACGUAUUUAAUUGUGCAAAAACCUGUUAGUCAGGAGUCCUGACGUCAGCCACAGCUCAGCGGCGUGAUCUCAUAUAUUCUUGAAAUUUUUCCCACCCCGUUUUUUUUGGCAGAGGCCUCUCCAUUUGAUGUUCCACCUCCACCCCCUUUCUCUUUCCUCUCUGGGAUCAGCUCCACCUUUCUCAUCCUCCAGAGCAGCAGCAGCAACAGCAGCCCUGCAGCUAUCUCUCCUAAAAAGCUCUCUCCCUGAGCGAUAAGACCGGACGGACCAGACAGAGAGUCUCAGUGAGACAUUAGUUCCUCAUCUGCUUCCAGGAUACUCUUGAUAAGACUCUUCCUGAUGGCCCGCACACACACACACAGACACACACGCUUCCUUUACUGCCAGAUUGUCGGAUCAAUACUGUCAGCUCCCAUUAGGACUGAGCAUUGAUCACAGGUUGCUCAGGCAUCUUUACCUCUCCGUCCGCUCCACCUUAUUUAACUCCCUCUGCAUCCCUCAGGAGGUGUGUGGAGUAAAUCUGCCUUUCAAUGGCUGCUAAUGAAUACCCAAUACAAAACAUCCUCCACCUGUUAGCUCCAUUAAUUAGCCGGCUGCAGCAGUUUGUCCGUCACACUCUCACAUACACACCCUUUACCAUCAAGCAUGUCCCCUGGCUCUGCUGUUCUUUAUGAAGCUGCUGUUAAAAACCAGAAUAUGAGAGCGGAAACUACAUUUUUACACCUUUUAAAUUUCUCAUCUUGAGUUUAUUUUGAUAGAAAAUGAUUAUCGAGUGGUUUUAGUGAGUAAAAAGGCGGGUAAGAUGUGUGAAAACAAAGUCGGCAGCAAUACAAAUAGAGAUUUCCUCUGUCAGAUGGAUGAGCCAGAGUUCAAAAACGAUGAUCAGCUUUCAGAGAGUUUAAGGCGGUGGCGUCUCCUUAUGGGAAAUGAGUGCAUUGAGUGUAAAUUAGAUAUAAACUCGUCAUUUACAUCAAUCUCACUUUAAUUGUGGCAGCAGCAGAUCCUUCCCAGCUCCUUUAUCCUCCAUACAUCCUCCUCCUCCGUGUUUCAACUGUUCAUUUUUACAGUAGACCUACAGACACGUUUUAUGAUCCUGUAAAGGUUGUAGGGCACACAGAGAGGGCAGAGACUCACGGUCAAACGCUCCGAUCUGCUGUCAUCACUUCUAUUGCAUCCAGAUCUAGUUCUGAAAUGAGGUGUGGUCUGGCUCGAAUGUGGCGUGAUGCUAUUUGGAGGAUACAGAAAGUGUCUUCCAGUUUAGACCAAAAAUCUGGUCCAGAUCCAAAACUCAUACAUCCACCUGUGAGUGUUUAGAGUGGAGUUUAAGACACCUGUAAGCAGUAUUGGCAACCUAGCUAGAUUUAGCAACUUUUCAGACCGUAGCGACUUAUUUUCAAAAAAGCGGCCAGCGACAAAUCUAGCAACUUUUUCUGAAGCUUAGAGACUAACAUGAAAGCAAAUACAGACACCCGAGGACGACUUUUCCUCCUCCUUCUCCUCCCAAAUUGGGCCAUGACGUCAUCUAGCGACUUGUUGUGACUUUUAUGUCAGCCACUAGCGACUUUCCUUACUGAGGAGUUGGCAACUCUGCCUGUAAGAACCAUUCUAAGGCUGUGUUCACACUGUAGGUCAAUUCUGAUUUUUUAACCAUAUCUGACUCAUAUCAGAUUGUUUUCAUGUAAGUGUGAACAGGUCAAUUCUGAUUUGUUCUAAUCCAACCCAGGCCUCUUUAGUAUGUGGAUAUAAAUCAGAUAUGUAUCCGAUGUGACUGCAGUGUGGACGCUCAGGCAAGUUUAUCUGACUUGUACGUCACCAAUAUGCGACAAACGUCACCAUUGUUCAACAUCACAAACAUGUGGGUCACUUCACGGACGCAUUCCGUUCACAUUAGAUGCCACAUUCGUUGUUGUAAUGUGAACAACCGCACAAAAAGAUCGGAUUUAACAAAAAAUCCAAAUUGUGCAUCAUGACCUGCAGUGUGAACGUAGCUUAAGAGAUUAGCAUGUGUGCUAAGGUCCCCCUUUGUGUCUCGGGUCCUACUCAGGCAGGAACUUUCCAUCAGGUAACAGGUGUUGCUGGAUGGCAGUUUUAUUGACCACAACGCCGGCACGCCAGGUCGGGUUAAGUCUUGUAGAUUUGAUUGUUAUUACUGAAUUUAUGGGUUUUAGUGGACACUUAUAUUUGGACUCUCGUAUGUAACACAUGAAGACCAGAACAGUGAUAAUCUAUCAAAAGAAGAAGACAUUGGAUGUUUUAUUUCACAAGACAAACCGACGAAAAGGCUGAUCGCCACUGAUCGUUUCCAUUCAAGUUACUGUGUCAAUGAUUAACCCGUGCUGGAAAGGAAGUCGGGCACAGAUUUCAAAAUAAAACAUUCGUCUUCUUUUCAAAAUAAAACACUCUGUGUUUCAGGCGGCUCAUAUUUCACACCAUGCAAACGUUCUUGGGUUCUUGUGGGUUCUUGUGAGUCGCCACGACACUCGUCUCACCUGGUAGGAUUUCACAGCGGUUAGUAUCACUUUGAUAAAGACAGAAAAAUUGCUGAUCAUAGCUUUAAACACUGCCUAAAAAGUAAGUUUGGCAGAGACUCUGAUCCUCUCUGUUUUCUGCUCUGAAUGAAUAAUUGACUUUUAAAGUUAAAUUCAGUCAGUGAUGAGCUAUUACACCUGUUUUUGGUUUUUUUUGCAUUAAUUGUCUGUAUGUUUGACAAAAAUCAACAGAGGUGAACUUUGAGCAAACAAAUCCUCACCUUGCCGUCUCUAUAUGGCUCAUCUUUAAAACACACUCAGUCUAUAUUCCUCUCAUGUUCAGUGUAAUGUAAGUUUGAGGUGAAAUGUUAAAGGGUGGAGCUGCUUAAAGCACUAAAACUCAGACUCAGAAUCUGAAUAAUCACAUAAAUGAGACGAAUUUGUGAUGAUUGGAUGAACAGGUCACAAAUAAUCAUACAAAUACUUUUAAACAGCAUCUGCGUCUGCCUUUUUUGACCCAAUCAUAAUGAAAAUUACAUUUUUAUCCAAAAUCCUUUCAGUAUUUAUUCCCAGUUUAUUUGUUUGGCUGAAGGAUUAAAGGACUAAAACGGUGUCGUUUUAGCAUCAGUUUUCACCUAACGUGCACUUCUUGCACUCUGGGAGGAAACAAAAGUCCCAACAGUGAAAAUGUGCGGCUCGUAAAAGUGAAAAAUGCACCAUGAGCCGACAGAGUUUAAUACCGCACCAUGUGGCUCGACAUAAAUCAAACAGCUGCUGAAAUAUUACAGAGCAAUGGUGUCGUGAUGUACAAGCGAGUUAGCUGUCUGGGUGUUUACCUUCCCGUCUUGAUGGAUACUGAUGUGAACGUGGCAGGAAAGUGUGUGUGUGUGUGUGUGUGUGUGUGUGUGUGUGUGUGUUUGACAAUCAAGGCCUUGGACUGCAGGAGUGAUAACUCAGGUGUAGUCAAAGAUAUCAAAGCCAUGUGAGCAGAGAGGGCAGCCGGGUUUAGCUCACAGAUUAACUCAUUCAGUUCCAGCUUCAUUUAUGCAAUUUUUACCCAGUGCAAUCAUUGACCACAAUAGAAAUUUCUGUAUCUUUCAGGACCCACAGAAUAUCAUGUGCUCGGACUAGAAUUAAGUGAAAUAUUUCAAAAGAAAGAGGUGAUGCUUUCACCAGAAAAAAAGAAAGAGUUAGUCUCUAACUCACUCCUGUGUUUAGUUAUUGCCCGCUCAGUGCAGCGUGGUCAUGUCAAACAAAAAAACAGGGAAAAACACAUUUUUACGAAGGAGAGACUUUCAAGCAGAACUCUGAACCUCUUUUAAAUAUUAAACUUAUGUACAGUUUUCUCCGGAUACUCCAGUUAUCCCAAAUCCAAAUUCAAGUGAAAAAAUAAAUAAAUAAAAACUGACAGAACUGUUCAUAUCAAAUAUGAAAAAAGGACAGUGUUUCUCUCUCUCCUUUCAGGGGUUUUAACCACAAUCGCCAAUGGGCAAUUCUCAAGGGAACAAAAUCGAGAUCUGGUACCAAAACCAAACAAUCUUUUUCAUUUACCCUGAGUUCAGUGGUAUCGGAACAAAGUCUCUACGAGGUUGCGUUCAAAAGUUAUGGGCAAUUUAAAAAAUCUGUGUUCAAGUGAAUGGGAUUGUCCGGGGCUGCUACCUUCUUUACUAUAGAUCUUGUCUGAUCUUGCUAUAGUGUCUAUAGCAAGAUCAGACACAUUUUAAGUGUUUGGGGUUAGGGUUAAAGUCACUGCCCAGGACCUUUUUAGGAGCCCGUUUCAGACCAUUUGGAGUCGAUAGGUACAAAAAAAUAAAUAAAUCCGCCAGUCGCAGCUGAUUGUGUACAUUCAGGUUAACGUGUCAAUUUCCACCGGCCUCUUUCCGUUCUGCUGCGGAUCGCCAGACUCUUCUGCUUAUUGAAACAGUUCUAUUUUUUCCAGACGCCGGAUCAUGCCAGAUAAAUUCAGUACAGAUUAACCCGUGCUGGAAAGGAAGUCGGGCACAGAUACAAAAUAAAACAUCCGUCUUCUUUUCAAAAUAAAACACUCCGUGUUUCAGGAGGAUCGUAUUUCACACCAUGCAAACGGGCGGAAACGAACAAGUGAAAGGUUUUUAGACGUCAUUUCACCCCGAUGACACCAUGGAUGAGGAGAUGCUGAUUCUAGAAGUCUAGAAGUAGAUUUCCUCUUCUGGAAGGACACAAUCUACUGCUUUUAUGCGCGAUUGGACGUUCUUGCGAUUACUGCUGUUCGUAAUCCGCCUCAAAAUUUGCUUCACCAACGGAUCCGGUAGGAAUUGGCGGACAGCGAAAAUCGCUGCCGUUCCAGAUGCAGUGAAAAUUGGGGGUUAGACGCAUGUUGGGGGGGAGCGCCCUCUGGUGGAAAACAAAAAACUGAAGUAUUCGUCAAAAUCCUUUAACAGCACUGAUUAAGUUAAGAUGUCUGUGUUGAGAUCUGAGGAAACGCAAACAAGAAAGUGAUCGCUCAGACUCUAACUAACGGCCUUUUGCUCAAACGACCUCUGGCGCUGCUGCCAGAGCUCAAAGUUCAGCUCAGAAAACUGUGAGAUGGAAGGAAUUACACGCUGAGGAGGCUGCUGCAUACAAACAAAAGGGAGAGGAGAGGUAUUUUUAGUCAAGUAGUCAAGUUUCACAUGAUUGUGUUUAUGCAGCAAGUACCAAAACGCAAGAGCGUGAGGAUAAAUGUGUUCUGCAGGCUCCACUGAAGGAAUGAGGAUGAAGUCAGUGGAAACAAAAGAAGUGCAAGUUGUUUGACAGGGGAAAGAAUAAAAGGCAGAGACACGUCCGAUCAUCUGUGAGGAGGAGAAGCAGGAGAAAGUCUGUAGAUAUAAGAGCAACACAAAAAGGCUGCUGCAACUGAGAGCUGGGGAACGUGGGAAACUUGCACACUGUGGGACUGAUUCUUGAAAGUGUUGCCUGGGUUUUACACCUGUUCAGUCUGUGAGAUAAAAUCAUAAAAACGAGAAGAGCUGAGAUUACAAUUGUGUUGUGAUUCCCUCUGAGGAUCAUUUCUCAAAGAAAAACAAAAAGGAUCCAGGUCCAACAUCAGCCUGUGAGUCUGUGUCCAUCAGUUCUUCCAGGUACGCUGGAGCAGCGAUGUAACGUAGGCUGUGAUUGGAGGAGCGGUCGGGCUGGAGGGCAGGAUGAUUAUUCACUCCAAGCCCCUGCAGCGCGGCCUUCACAGCAUAUGAGACAUGCCAGCCCCGUAUAAUGGCCUUGUUAGGAUAAUGGUUGGUAGUUACAGGCUGCGUCUUCCUCCAGGUAAUUCUCUCUAUCUGCGUGCUGAAUAGGAUUCAAUACCUGCGAGCGUUUUUAGUCAGAGAGGUGCUUUAGUGCGGACACGGUGCCAACACAGGAGCUAUUUUUGUUUGUUUACGCCCGGCGUGGUCUUGCAGAAAAUGCUCAGCUAUUACUGCAAAUCAUCGUCCCUCUGCUCACUGUUUUCCAUUCAUGAAAUAUGUAUAUUUUGGCUUUCUCUACCUGACGUGAUGGAUUGUGUAAGCUAUCUGAUGGGUUCUGUGGUUGGCAGACUCACUGACGAAAGCCGGCCAAAUCCACCGGUCACCCGGGGUCUCCUGGACUCUUUAGAUGCAACGUGCUGCUGCUGCUGUUGGCGUCGCUCUGCGGGACCUUUUGGCUCCCACGGCGGAGUCCAGCAAGGAGAAAUCUGAUCCAUCAUUCUGCACAAUCAUGUGUGCUUUUAAGACAAGGGCUCAUUGUGAUGUGUGGUGUAUAAUUUUGUGGUUUGAGGCCUUGGAUGCGAGGCCUGUGAAAGUAGUCAAAAGUUUCUUUCUCCUCUGUUGUCCUCUGACAGCUCCAAACUCAGUGUUCACUUGAAUAAACAUAAAAAAGAGCGACAUGUUUAAACGUGAGGGGUUGGUGGACAUGGAGGUCAUAUUUGCACUAAUUUCAGUUAAAUACACAAUAUUUAUCUGUUUGUUUUGCACAAACUGAAAGCCAGGAUAUGGGUUCGAAAAAAAAUAUUCAAAAUAAUCACACGAUAAAAACACUCCUGGUGUGUAAGGACCUUUAACGUGUGGACCUGACUCUGAGGACCUGAUCAGGUGGGACCUCUAGGUGGACUGGGUGGUUCGUGGACUUCCUGUUGGGUUUUCAGACACUAAGAUGUUUUGUCUUUCUCACAGGAGGGCGCCGUGGUCGCUCUGUUUAAGAUCUGCAGACAGGACCGCUUCAGAGAGCUGUACGCCCACGCCCUGAGGACUGUGGCCUCCAUCUGCUGCGUGGAGGAGGGCAUCAACCAACUGGAUAAGGUAAAAAAAAUAAAAAUAAAUCACUGAUGUGAGAAACCCAAAGAAAAAAGGUCUUCGUAAUCACAGCGAGGUUGAGACGCAGACAGCUGGAGAGGUUUCACGUUUUUGGAGGAGAAACACGCAGAGUCAAACGGCACAGAUUUAUUUUAGCAGAAACACCGAGUCAGCGCGUGUGUAUGAGACUCAAACAGAGAGUAAAUGAGACAGCAUCCGUCUGUAGUCUGUAGUUCUCCUGCAGUCCAGACUCGGUGUGUUUAUCAGCAGCACGAGGUUCGCUCAGACUCUCACUCCUCGUGUUAUGACUGGAAGUGGAGUUUGUUUUCACAGCUGAUGUGUGCCAACAAAGGCAGCAGCAGGACUUCGAGCUGCGCAGAAACAAAGUGUGUCAUUAUGAGAUCGAAGGAUCAGCAGUGAAAAUAAAGAAGAGAGGGUAUUUGUUUCUCCUCUGGGAAACAAAAUCAUCAACUUCCUGUUCUCUAAAUCUAACACCAUCACUGACCAGUGAGGAGUUACAUAAACAAGACCAGCUCAUUUAUUAUUAAAGCUCCAGUGGGGAACUCUCAGUUUGUGGAGAUUACGGCGCCCCCUGUGGACUUACCGUUAAAUUUUACUUAUCUGGACCUGUCAUAUUUUUCUCAUCUUGGUGUCUUUUCAGUCAAACUCAUCAUGAGUCUUAACUGGAAACAUUCUUUACUGGUCGUGGUCACAUAGACGUUUUUUAAGACGGUGAACUUUCCGUGUUUUCAUCUCUUAUGAGUGCGUAGAUCGGUAAAAGACGAGAUUAUGAUUGUCACAGAGGCCUGAUGGUGAAACUAAAUCAUCCAACGUCUCUGCAAGCAUGACGUGUGUGUGUACAGUACUCUAAAAACUCGAUUUUCGAUUUUUAUUUAUUGACAACUUCACUCUAAACUUCACUUUAAUAAAGUUUUUCUAUCAUCUCUCAAAACCAAACCACUGAAAACGAUGUAGUGCAUAUGCCAAGCCAGUAAGUGGCGCUGUAACGCUGCCCAGGAAAUGCACAAAAGACAGAAGAAGAGUACAGAGCAUGUGUAUAAAGGUUGUUUUGGCGCCAUGAAAGAGUUACUCUGUGUGUCACAUGAUCGUUUCCAGAGAUGCAGAUAGACAUCCACACAGAGAUGAAAUGGUCGUCGUUUACAGAUUUAUUCACUCUCUGACCUGUUUUUAAAAAAGUACCGUUUACAGUCACCUGAAACACCGUUUCUGAUACGUCAAAAAAACUUUAGCGUUUCCUCCUGAAUUCGUUUCCGUGGUGACGGGUUGAUACCGACUUCAGACAGACUUUACAGCGGGGAGUGGUUUACUCUUCAUCUGAAACUGUGAAGUCGUACCAAUUCAACACGACUGACUCGCUCUUCUCCUAUUUAACCACGAAAUUAUCGCCUUCUUUAGCAAACGCCAUGUUUGUUUACACUGGUGUGUGUGGGAACUGGGGAGCGCUCCCGCAGGAAGGGGGAAUCUACGGUGGCCUGGAGGCGCGAGACAUGAUAGAGAGGAAAAUCGAUUUGAUGAUUUUAAUUUUUUUAACAUCGUCAUAGUCAAAUAAUCUGAUUAUGGUUUAAAUCGAUUAAUCGUGCAGCCCUAGUUUGAAGUAUAUGGAGCUCAUUUUAUGUUUCUUCAACACUGUCACACAGAGUUGGAGACAGUUGAUCAAAAAUUUAACUCUAAUAGUUUUUUAUCUGUUAGCAAAGAUGUUUACACAGGUACGGGAAAAAACUAUAAAACCAAUUUAAAGUUUGACGGUCCAACCCUGUAUGAAUGCAGCAGAGAGGGCCCUCUUAAUCCAGCUCCAGACUACACACCACACUAUAUCCAUAAACAUCCACAGAUUACGUCAAAUCUGCUGAAGCUGUUCACUCUUGCUCAAGUUGUCUGUGAUCCGUCUUCUCUCCCAGGUACAGAUUAAAUAAAAUACAGAUUAAAAAAAGCGUAUCUUUCUCUGUAACCUUCCCUUCACUGUUUGAGGCAGUAAAAUCAGCGUGGUGUUUAUCUCAUGUCAUGUUAUCCGUGUUUGUUAUGGCAGCACGAUACACAGAAAGAUGAGUCAUGUUUACAGACAUGAGAUCAUUACAUAAGACCUUUAGAGCAGCGAGCUGACAGGUCAGACAUCCAGACCUCAACCACCCUCCCUCUGUUGUGUUGUGAACGCAGAGGACAGGAAGCUAAUGAUACAUCCUCUCCUUUUUUUUUUGUUCUCUGUCGAGAUUUCCACCAAAAUAAACAGCAGACACACCUGUGUCAACCGAGCGUUCACAGACACACAAAUAUAACCUGAAUGUGGCGAAUAAUGAAGCCACAGCGGUGUCUGCGCCCGCGUAUACAGCAGCUGGGACAGCGCGAAUCAUCCGAGUGUGAAAGCUCUUAAACGGGAACCAAGGUCCGCCUCAGAUUAGCACGUCAUCCCGGGAGAGACGCUGUCAGGCUCCACUCAGCGGCGCCCGCUCAGGCUUAAGAAACACACCUGUCACUGAUGAGAGGUGAUGGAGGGAAGGGGCCGGUACGCAUCUGUGCUGCUCAUUGAUGGAUUCACUGUAUACUCAAAGUUUCAUCCCCCGCUGGAACGUUAUGUAACCACAACACGGUGACUGGGAGGAGUAUCGAUUUGAACCACGAAAACUUUAAACUUUAAAAGAGCCAUGUUAUUAUUGUCAUUUCUAAAUCCUGAACAGUUUCCUCCUUUCAAACCUGUUUCUGUGGAUGAAGCAACAAACUGUGUUUCUGGGUCUGACUCAGAGCCCAAGUCGUGGUUCCAACUACAGAGUCAUGCCUGUUUUUGAUGCAGUGCCUCCUUGUGGUCUAGAGGUCCUUUCACACCAGGACCAUUUUUAUCGGACGUCAAUAUUUUUUUCGAACCCGUAUCCUGUCAAUACAAGCGUUCACAUCAGCGACGUUUUUCCGUCCUGCGAUAUUGCGGCAUUUAUUUUUUCGGAUCACGAUCGAAUUUUCCAAAGUUUCUCAGACUGUGUGUCCACUUCUGACCAAUCGGAUUCCGUGUUGUUGCGACGUCAGAUUCACCGGUAUAUCCAACAUGGCCGACCGGCUGAUUGUUUACGUGUCGGAGAACAGAGUGAUUUUUGAUAAAAGACACAAAUAUCACAAAGAUAACGACCUGAAGGACGACUUGUGGAGAGUCAUAGCGCCGGAUUUCUCAUAUGACGAUGGUUUGUGAGCUUUAACAGUUUGAUAAACGUCUUUGUUUGAACUUUCAUCUGUGCUAACGUAAGCUAACGGUUGUUACUAUAGUUUCAUGUGCUUAUCUGGUACUGGUACUAGUCCUUAAAUACUGUUUUCUGAAAAUAGAAAAGUAUUUCCAAAAAUAAGGGUGUAGAAAAUAAUGGAAAUUCCAACUGUGAAGGAACCCUGUAAAAUGUGUUUGAAACCGACCAAAACCAGAACUCCUUAGACCCUCGACCUUGAACGGACACUCUUAUCGUGCGGAGACGUAAACUUACACAAUCAGCCUUUAAAACUGUUCCAGUUCUGGUUUAAACUCCGGUGGGUCUCAGACAUGGACGGGGGUUCAGGCUGAGGAACUGUUUCUCAGGUUACUACUGAAAUCCUGGACUUCCAGGCUCUCCCUGGAGUCUCUGGCCUUUCACGACAGCACAGUCACUCCGAUUCUCUUUGCGCUGACGCAGAUUCGUUGCAGCAGUCCCACCGGCUGUCCCCCGAGAGGGUCAGCUCUGGACCUCUCUGCUGACCGGCUGGUACUGCUUGACCCUCAGCUGUGGAGGUUUUCUCUUCCUGCGUGUUCUGCCUGUUCCCCGUUUCCUGUCUCAUAUAUGAAGUAUCGAUGUCUGAUUGCACUUUAAUCCGGUGAUUUAAAAUCAGACCUUUUACAGAGUUGGUUUUAGACCGAGCUCGAGUUUGGUGCCUGAACUCUACAGGGCAGUAAGGUGAUCGGAGGGUGUCUGAAGCUCAGACACUCGGGCGGAGGUGUUGGCCAAUGACGUUUUCUGGGGAGGCGGCAGUGGGGAGAUCCCUGCUGAUGUUGUUUGAGGCUACUGCAACAGAAAUAAUAGAUGUUAUUUAAAGAUUCCCAUCAACACUGAAGAUAUUAAUGAUUCCUCUGUCCUUAUAACUGUGCAGGAACUCUGGGUGUAGACGAGAUUCUUACUUUUUAGUCUUUUUAAUAAAAAUCACUGAGCUUUUGGUUAGGGCUGGGCGAUAAACCAAAAAUUUACCGAUACGGAAAUUUACAACAUUAACCGACAUCAUAUCGGUACAUUCUGUGUCAAAAAAUAAAUAAAUAAAAGUUGGUUUUGGAUGUGUGUAGGUAGGUGUGUAGGCUGAUCAAUAUAUCGUGAUAUUGAUUUGAGGCCGUAUCGCCCAGCCCUAAUUUUGGUGCCGGGAAGCGUUGGAAAAGUACUCAAAUACCACCACCAAGUAAACUUAAUUAUACUAAAGUCCAAGUUUAGUCUGUUUGAUGUCGGGCUGGACGAUUACGACAAAAAUAAUGAUCACGAUUAUUUUGAUUGAUUCUGAAAUCAUGAUUAAUAAACACGAUUAUUCAUUGAUUUCAAAACUUGAGUAUUUAUCAAACCAUCGAAACUCAACCUCAAAUAUAACAUACCGUAUUUUUCGCACUAUAAGGCGCACUUAAAACCCUUUUAACAGAACAAUCAGAAAUAAAUUACUAACAAGUAAAAAUUAAAAAAAUAAUCUGAUAUCCGAUACGAUAACCUGCUAAUAUAUGGUGUGUGUGCUCCGCGGUGCAGCACCCAUGUGCAGCACAUUUAUUGAUAUUUAUGAGUCCAAGUUAGAGCGAAUAAAAUAAAAUAAAAUAAAAUAUAAAAAAACUCAUUUUUAAGGCAUGUCGGCUUUUAUUUAGCUGUACCGAUGUGCCACGGUCACUUGUGUAAAAGGAAAACCCUGAAGUCGGUUGUGUUGCCCACGUGAGCGGACACGACAACGUGACAAACUUUGCUAACAAUUUCCUUUUGCUCGACGUCCGUCAACUUGGAGCCAAAAUGUUUCCUGAUAACUGAAGUUGUUCUUCUUUUCUUCUCAAUCAAACGCCUCCUUUCUGCCACGUGUUCAAUCACUCGUUUCCCAUUUUGCACCUUAACGGGGGUGCAUUUAAGGUGUUUCUCUCAACGCAGGAGUUUACAUACACGCCAUUAAUCGUUUCCCUCGAUUACGAUGUUUUUAAGAUCGUGAGAAGACAAAAUUUGAUUAAUCGACCAGCACUAUUUUGAUGGAUUUACCGAUUACCGAUCAAUCUGCUCAAGAUGAAAGAUUUUUAAAAGUCGACUUAAUGCUCCGAGUGUUGAAUUUUCACGGAGAGCUAAGAUAUGAUCCCCAAGUUUCAUUUUACUUGAAAGUCAAAUAAAGUCGACUCAGUGGCACAAGGCUUCGGUAGGGGCUCCACCGAGGCUUUCAGGCGUGACCCCCAGAUGACCCUGUGGAAAGGAGGAUAGACAGUGAGGGAAAAGAGAUCGGAAAGGAGGGGUGCAGGACGGGAGAGUGAAAGAGGAGGAGACAGUUAGCUACGUAUUCCUGCGGACCUUCUCCUGAAACUAAAGUAGCUGUAAAGUUGGACACAGACUGGCUGAGUUGUGUUGGGUCACAUCAUUUGAAAACAGCCCAAAACAGACAUGACACACAGACAGGAUGAGUAAUCCAGAUACAGUGGCGUGAAGCUGCUGCCUGCAGGAGUGUACACACACACACACACACACACACACACACACACACACACACACACACACACACACACAAAUAAAAACAGUCCCCUCUUGAAGCAGUGUACUUAUGUGGAUGAAACCUUUAUUCUUCAGCUCUGCAAUCACUUUUGGGAAACAGUCUUUUUGUAAAAGGAUAAUUUCAAUGAUUGAAAACUCCUUUCAGGAAAGUCGGGAAGCUGUGUAGGAUACUAAAUGAGAGGAUAGGAAAGGAAACAAGGAGAGAGAGGUUGUAAUCAAACCCAGCUGCUCACUUCCAGGACGAGAGCUUCUGUACAUGAGAUGAAACCAAGAUAAUCUGCUCAUUCCUGCAUCAUGUUUUUAUCUAUACCUGCAUUCACGGAUGCAGCCGUGAGCCGGGUUCACACUAGAGCUGCACGAUUAAUCGAUUUUAAAUUGGAUUAUUUGAUUAAGACGAUGUUAAAAAAUUAAAAUCCUCAAAUCCAUUUUCCUCUCUAUCAUGUCUCGCGCCUCCAGGCCACCGUAGGCUCCUCCUUCCCCCACACGCCAGUGUAAACAAACAUGGCGUUUGCAAAAGAAGGCGAUAAUUUCGUGGUUAAAUAGGAGAAGAGCGAGUCAGUCGUGUUGAAUUGGUACGACUUCACAGUUUCAGAUGGAGAGUAAACCACUCCCCGCUGUAAAGUCUGUCUGAAGGCGGUAUCAACCCGUUACCAUGGAAACAAAUUCAGGAGGAAACGCGAAAGUUUUUAGUCGUAUCGGCGUUUCAUUCACACGGAAACAGCGUUUUGAGUGACUGUAAACGGGUCAGAGAGUGAAUAAAUCUGUAAACGACGACCAUUUCAUCUCCGUGUGGAUGUCUAUCUGCAUCUCUGGAAAUGAUCAUGUGACACACAGAGUGACUCUUUUAUGGCGCCGAAACAACCUUUAUACUCAUGCUCUGUACUCUUCUUCUGUCUUUUGUGCAUUUCCUGUGCAGCGUUACAGCGCCACUUACUGGCUUGGCAUAUGAACUACAUCGUUUUUAGUGGUUUUAUUUUGAGGGACGAUGAUAGAUUAAUCGGUAAUCGGAUUUUUUCCCUCCUAAUAAUCUGUAUCAGCCCAAAAAAUCCAUAUCGGUCGGGCCCUAAUCAUUUCAGUGAAGUUUGGUGAAGUUGUCGCUGAAUAAAAAAAUGAGAAUUUUCUGAGAAACAAAAUCGUGCAGCCCUGGUUCACAUUGAAGGUUUUUCUGAGUCAAUGCGGAGAUUUCCACUGCAGAGUUGUGUCUGUUUUUAAUGCUGUUCAACUGUUUUCUUCAUAUUCUGAGUCUUUCUCUGAGUUUAUCUUCUCUAAAUGAUAAAAUCUCUCCAUCAGAAACAUUUUAUUGAAAUUACUGAACCUGCAGAUCAUCGGGAUUGUUUUGGAUUUGGUUGUUGAUAAAAAUCUCACCGACUUAAAGCAGCAGAUUUAGGUCAGAUUUUGUCAGCGGCUGAUGUAAACAAGUGAAAACUUCCAGAGAGUCGGCGUUGUUGACUUCGUAUUCCUCUUAAAAAUGCAGAAAGUUAUUUGGCGUUGAGUGAGAAACAUCCGCCGUUCAGUAAAUGAGGAGUUUGGGAAUAUCCUGUUUUAGGAGGGGGGGGUGGAGAGUGGAUUGUUCCACGUCAGUGGGUCGCGCUGCCACACUGCUGCUGACGUCCACAGAGACAAAAAUAGGGAAUCGCCCUGCGAAGCUGAGCGCUGAUGCUCGUCAGCGGAGGAGAGUGACAGGUGUACGUCUGCCUGAGAGCUGACGGCUCGCCUCACUCUGACUGAGAAAACUUCACAUUACAAACAAUCAUGAAUGUGAAUGACACAAACGAAACACUUCUGAUAUCACACCAUCACAGGGCGGACAUACUGUCAGUCUCCAUGGUGACCGGUGAAAAAGACCCUGAAUCUGAACUGAUGUUAGACAUGAUGUCCAAAGUGUGUUCUGAAUUAUUCACCAUGUCUGAGGAACUUUUCUGACACAUGCAGAAAAAGUGUCCAAGAGCUGUUCAAUACUGCCCCCAAGUGGACAGAGAUCGGCUCUACAUGUCCGUCAGUUCCAGAAGCUUCUGUAUUCCCACACACACGUGAAAACACCGACAUGGAACAAAUCGGACCUGCUGCUCCUUCAUAAACUUUAAUUUAUCAAGUUGUUAAAACUUCCUGCUCCUCUCUGAACCCCAUGAUGCUCUCGCUCUGGGUCCCCGCCAGAUUCACCCCCCCGAGGCGGCCAUUAAAUCUGAGUGCUGUGUUUUAAUUGUGAUGGUUUUAUGGGCAGAGCUGUGAGUUCCAGCCUGCAGAGUGGAGAUGAAGCGUGGAGUCGAGGUUUGAGUCUCACUCCUCCUCCUCCUCACCUGUGCGCUCUGAAACCUCUUAAAGGUGGGGUCGGCAGGAACCUGUUAAAGAAGCAUUUUUUUUUUGUGGUGAUAAAACAAAAAGCGUUUAAUAUCAGUCAAUAGUUAUUAGUUAUUGAUUAUUUGGUAAUAUAUCGAUAUCUCUGUGUUCUCUUAUGUCUGCGUCGUCAACAUUUUAACAUUUUUGAGCGGUCCGCUCUUUCUGACUGUAAACAAAGCCGUUCUCCACCUCCUCUAACCUGAUUGGUUGUGAGGCAGACGCUGCUCCCCCGUGUCGUUCAGGAGCCCAAACAAAGUUAGCGUGCUACAAUAUCGGACAGUAGAAACCAACCAGAAAGUUCGGAAAAUUGUCUGAAUCCUCCUUUGGCCACGACUGCCGACACAAGCAAGAAAACAGUCAAACAUAAACAGUCAGCAAGAAAACAGUCAACAAGAAAACGUCAACUAUAAUCAGUCAACAAGAAAACAGUCAGCAAAAAAACAGUCAGCAAGAAAACAGUCAACAAGAAAACAGUCAACAAAAAACAGUCAGCAAGAAAACAGUCAACCAUAAUCAGUCAACAAGAAAACAGUCAACAGGAAAACGGUCAACAAAAAACAGUCAGCAAAAAACAGUCAACCAUAAACAGUCAACACCAAAACAGUCAACAGGAAAACGGUCAACACCAAAACAGUCAACAAGAAAACAGUCAACAAGAAAACAGUCAGCAAGAAAACAGUCAACCAUAAUCAGUCAACAAGAAAACAGUCAACCAUAAACAGUCGACAAAAAACAGUCAGCAAAAAACAGUCAACCAUAAACAGUCAACACCAAAACAGUCAGCAAAAAACAGUCAACCAUAAACAGUCAACACCAAAACAGUCAACAGGAAAACGGUCAACACCAAAACAGUCAACAAGAAAACAGUCAACAAAAAACAGUCAGCAAGAAAACAGUCAACCAUAAUCAGUCAACAAGAAAACAGUCAACAGGAAAACAGUCAACAAAAAAGAGUGAGCAAAAAAACAGUCAACCAUAAACAGUCAACACCAAAACAGUCAACAGGAAAACGGUCAACACCAAAACAGUCAACAGGAAAACGGUCAACACCAAAACAGUCAACAAGAAAACAGUCAACAAGAAAACAGUCAACAAAAAACAGUCAGCAAGAAAACAGUCAACCAUAAACAGUCAACAAAAAACAGUCAGCAAAAAACAGUCAACCAUAAACAGUCAACACCAAAACAGUCAACAAGAAAACAGUCAGCAAGAAAAUGCUGUUUCCCCGUGUCGUUCAGGAGCCCAAACAAAGUUAGCGUGCUACAAUAUCGGACAGUAGAAACCAACCAGAAAGUUCGGAAAAUUGUCUGAAUCCUCCUUUGGCCACGACUGCCGACACAAGCAAGAAAACAAAGUAAAUACCGGAGACUCUGGAGGAAUAACGGGCGCUUAAAACGGAGGUAGACCGGACAAGAGCUAAAAAGCCGGGUCAACAUAAACGAUGGGGGACGCUUCGGCAUCUACAGUAGCACCAAUGCUUUUGACUUUCACCUUGACUGGGCCCCAUUUGUAAUGAUCUGAAGUAUUUAUCUGCAUUAUAUCUGAAUUUAACUGGAACGAUACGAGCGAGCAGGAGCGUCUGUUUGUGGGCGGGGCUUGCUGUAAGGGUAGAGUUUACAUUCAAGAUUUCUCCUAAAAACAGGCACUUACUCAGAUCCGGACUACCCCACCUUUCACCAGGUAACCGGUCUAAUAAACGGUGAUCUGGUCUGUGGUCUUCCCUGCAGGUGGACGGGAUCCUGUGUCUGGCAGAAAUCCUGACUGAUGAGAGCAGCGUGGAAGCAGCGAGGGCGGAGGCGGCGGCUGUCGUGGCUCAGAUCACCUCUCCUCACCACACGUCCACUCAGCACCUCGCCAGCUUCCUGGAGAGCAUGCACGACAUCGUCACCGCGCUCAUCAGUGAGUGGACGGGACAGGGGACCAACUCCUGACGUACCGUAGACCUGAGCAGGGACAGCUUCUGACUGUAGUUUGAUGAGGUUUGACUCAGUGAGGCUUUUCAACGGAGACGUAAGAGUAAGAGGAAACUGAGAGUAUUUAUGAGACCAAAUCCUAAAGUUUAAACUCCCUCUGUGAUCAAUUUCAGGCUAUAAAAACUCAUUUUUCAAUCGAAGUUCAGGGUUUUGGUGCAGAAGACAUAAAAACAGUCUGAGGAGCAGAGAAACUUUGAGGGUUACAGGCCAAGACGAACCUCUGAGUGCUUCUUUUCUCCCUUAGAGCUGUGCGAGAGCGCCUCCUGUGGUGAGGUUUUCCUCCUGGCCUCUGCAGCCUUGGCAAACAUCACCUUCUUCGACAGCAUGGCCUGUGAGAUUCUGCUGCAGCUCAACGCCAUCCAGAUCCUCCUGCAGGCCUGCAGGGACCGCCAGAGAGUGGACACCCCGUACUCCAAAGACCAGGUGCACAGAGACCUGCUGCUGUUGGUCUGUGAAGAUAACAUUAACAAAACUAAGAUGUAAAACUCUGACUGGUUCGUUGGUGUUUUUCGUCUCAGGUGGUGACGAUCUUGGCGAACCUCUCAGUCUUGGAGCAGUGUGCUGCAGAAGUUCUGCAAGAACAAGGUGAACUUUUACAACGUUUUCAAUCUAACAGUUUGGAAAAAGUGGAGCGUCAGUUUUUCUUUCUCUAUAGAUCCUCAAAAACACAAGCUGCCCUCUGAUUUAUGCUCCUCGCUGACUCUGAAAUCUUAGAUUCCUCGAACUCACUCGGUUUUUAAUCUUUGGUGUCCUGUUCCCGGUCUGAGCUAUAAGGUCACCAAAGACCGGGUCUGGAGGACUUAAAAACAGCCUCACCAGCCGUCUCCCUCAUACCCACACAAGAGAGAAAGUUUGCAAUCAUGUUUUAAUCCACAAGAUGGCAGCAUCGCAUCAGAGAGCUGAAAUCAGUCCACGGAGCACGAGUAUGAAAUGUGUUUCUGCUGUUAUUUUAAAUUCUGUUUUUAGUUUUUAGUUUAUUCUUUUUUGUUAUUCCAGUUAUAUUUAAUUAAUCUAGUCUUUUUUUCUAUUUGUUUUAAUUCAUGCAGUAUAAAGUACAGAGAGAGGUGGAGGAGUCUAAUCCCUGUUUUACUUCCUGCAGAUCUCUGCUCAGUAAAUAAAUUCUGCAGCUUCGUUUUUCUUUCUUUCUGAAGUGAAUAUCCAAGUUUGACAAAAAUGAACCUCAGCGCUUUAUUAAACUGAAGUAAAUCAGAGAAAAUGUCUCAGCUAUAAUCUCACACUCUGGGCAAUAUCCCUUCAUAUUUGUCUCGUCUCUUAACAAGACAGCACUGAAGUUACAAUCUCAGUUCUGUGGAUAUUCAGUUAAUUUUCCUCAAAGUAAAAACUGAACUGAGCAUGAAGGAUUUUAGGUUUUCAACACCUCAUACCUGAAACAAACUCCAGUCUGAACUUCACCUUCAAGUUCUUGUGACACUAAAUGAAUUUAAAACGUUAGUGAAAUCAUGAGGAUCGACCUCAUCUGUGUGUAAAUGUUUUAAUGUUGAGAUCUGUUGUAGGAACUUUGAUGCUGCUGCGCUCUUUACCAGGCCUCCCUCGUAAAAGAGAUUUGUCAUCUCAAUGGGACCAACCUGGUUAAAAAUAAACUAAAUCAAACUAAAUCAAACUAAAUAAAACUGCUGAUUUUACUUACUUGGUUCCUAGUCUUUGCUUCUUCUUCACCUCCGGUUGGUCCCAUGUGUCGCCUCUCCUUUCACCUUCAUCUCUUUGGUUUUUCUCUCUUUUAACUCCUCCUUUCAUCUUUUAGGAAUUGAGCGCCUGCUGCUGCUGCUGGGAGAAAAGCCGUCCUCCCCCAGCCCAUCGGAGGGCGCCGCCUGCGAGCGAGUUCAGCAGAAAGCUGCUGUGACUCUGGCCCGUCUGAGCAGAGAUGCUGAUGUGGCCCAAACAGCCAUUCAGCUGAAAGGUGGAGCAGAAUUUCAUUUUUAUUUCACCAACUUUUCUGCUAAAUUAUAUUUUUACAGCAUUAAAUAAAAAAUAAUAAAAGAAUUGCUUUAUAUUUUAUUAGAUAUCAGACCUGAGGAGGAGUGAGGGUCGAGCGUGGGUUACACUGUUUAAAGUUUAUUAACACUUGAGCUUAAUAAUUUACUAAAUUUGAUGUUUUUUGAGCUCAAAAUCCAAAGAAGAAUCACGAUCAUAAUCUUGAAUUUUCGAAACACACAAAAAAUAAAGAUUUUAAAAAGAAACAGCACAGAUGAAAUAUUUCCUAUAAGAGCGAUUUCAGUUCAAACACUCUUACUUUUGUAUAAAACUGAACCUUUUCUUUGUUUAAUAAAAGUUUAAAACUUUAUGGAUUUAAAAUGUUUGCUGAGUGAGAACGUCACGAACAAAAAGGUGGAUAACAAGUGAAUAGAGUUAAAGCUCCUGUGAGGACCUUUGGUUUGUGUGGAUUGUGGCGCCCCCUGUAGUCUUCAUCCUGAAAGUGUUCUGAUCCUUCUGAACUUUUUACUCAACAAAAAGCCCAAAAUGUAACAAUGACAUAAAAUGUAAUAAAAAAAGUGUAAUAAAAUCUGUAAUAAAAAUAUAAUAAAACAAAAAAUGUAACAGCAACCCAAAAAUGUAGUUAAAAAAAUGUGAUAAAACCCGAAAUGUAAUAAAAAAGUGUAAUAAAACUGUAGUAAAAAUAUUAUAAAACCAAAAAUUUAACAAUUUGCCAAUAAUGUAACAAAAGUGUUGAGCCCGAAAUGUAAUAAAAAAAUAUAAUAAAACCAAAAAUGUAACAAGUUGCUACAUUUUGAGCUCAGCAUUUUGUUACAUUAUCGACUAGUUAUUACAUUUUGGGCUUUAUUACAUAUUUAUUGGGCUCUAACAUGUAUGGAAGAGGAUUAGGGCCACAAGAAAAAAAGACAACAGGUCCAAUAUUAUUUUUUUAUCAUAUUGCCUACUCAUAAUUCUCAUAAUUCUGACUUUAAACUCAGAAUUAUGAUAAUAAAAAAAAAUCUUGGACCUUAUUUUUUUACUUUCUUUCUUUUUUCUUUUUUUGUGGCCCUGGAUGUGCAGACAUCCUCCUCCGUAAACCUGGCACCUCCCCCCUGCCAGCAGUUUUGGGCUUUAAUAUUUGCAGCUCAGUCUUCAUACGUUCUAGUUUAAUUAUUUCUAGCUCAUAUAAAGACACUGUUAUAGAUUUGAGUUCGUCACAUAAACAGCCAAAAACUCCCUACAGGAGCUUUAAUGUAAGACUUUAGACAGUGCGUGGUUAGAUGGUCUUCUUUCAUUAAAUUAUGGCACCAAUGAGAAUCAAGUAUUUGUCUGAAAAGGAUGUUUUGAUUAAAAGCUGAUGGUAAACUAUUUGGGCUGAGGAAAGUCGAGUGUAUUUAUAAGCACGAUUAUAACAAAAACGGCCCCAGAAUUGAGCCCUGAGGUUCUCCAUGUAUAUUAAAAAGCUGACUAAAUACUAAAAUUGACACAAUGUGUUGAUUUAGAUCCCUGUGAGGCUUUAAUAACAACUUGAUUUAGUAUUUUAAAGAGGAAAAAAAAAAAGAUUAUGUAACAGGCCAGAGGAUGUCAUCUAAGAGCUUCAGUUUAAUGCUCAGAUUUUCAGCUGUCAUCCUUGAGUGCUUUAAAAAACUCCAUAAAUCAAUCGAAUGAGAGGAAAUUAACAUAUUUGGCGCAGAAGUGACUGAAAUAAGGAAGUCAACUCUAUUUUUACAGCACAUCUAAACAGGACCACAUCUCCUCAAAAGGAAGGCCGAAGAGAGGAGACGAGUCUUUAACGGCUGAUUUUAGAUAUCAAUGGCAGAGCAUGUUUGAACAUGUUCGCUGGUCCUGAAGUUACAGGUGGCUGAUAGAGGCCGAGUUUUAAAAAGACAAUAUUCAGACUUUUAAAUCCACCCUGUAUGUGCAUUAAGUCAUUUCAUCUUACAGCGUCUUUGUUUUAAUUCAGAUAACGGUUAAAAACAGUGUAUUAAAAAACGACCUUUUCUUCUAUUUACAGUUGUUUGAUAUGUUUGAAAAAUACGACAUGCUUGUAACUGAAUAUUUCCCUGCUCUCUUCAGCUGUUCCCCGCCUUAUUGAGUUGUGUCGCUCCCCUACUGAGAGAAAUAACAGCGACUCGGUGCUGGUUGCCUGCCUGGUAGGUCUGAAGCGAGCGUACGCCGCUGUGUGUGUGUCAGCGAACACGACUUCUUGUCCUGAAUACAAAUACUUCAUUCAAACAUUCGAACUGCCUGUUUCAGUCCAGCCUCCUGCUAUGAUAUACGUUUACAGCUGGGUUUGCUGUACUCUGGGUAUUACACCACAAAGCUGCACGUGUAACAUCAGAUGACGGUCCACUUUAAUUACAUCCACAGGGCAAUGUCGGAAAUUUGAGAUAUAUCACAACCUCAGUAUCUCUGAGCCAUGUGGAGAAAGCUGACAUGUGCACAUCAUCUCAAACGUUGUAUGUUUAAAUAUGUACAUCUCAUGAAUAAAACCCCUGCUCGGGUUUUAUCAUCCUCUCAUUCUGAUCAUCAUCAUUAUUGAGACCAGAUCUUUGAGGCGUUGUAAUGGUCAGGAGGAGCCUAAUUGGGCUGCCUCGCUACGCAGAGAAGAAGAAAUGCCCUUUUCUUCACUGUAACCACACUCAUCAUCAGUCUAUUCAAAUUAAUGUGAUUCUAUUUUAUCCCGAUUGCCAAGGGUUAAGCAGCAGCGGAGCAUUUGUAGUUGUUGAAUUUUACCUUCAAAGGGCGCCGAGCGUUUCAGAUCAUUUGUAAUCUGUGAUGUUAAAGAGGUUCGAGAAAUCGCAGGUCCAAACCAAGAUAAUCACAAAACGAGAGGGAAGAUAUUCAGACAUGAACUUUGAAAAAGAAGCUGAAUUUAGUUCAGGAUCCUGUUAGUCGUCAACAAAGUGGGUCAUCGGCUGAACAGCUUUUAUGUUUAUUAGAGGAAAAAUGGAGCGGUUCUCAAACAUGGAUAAAAAACAUCGACUCAGGGACAUCACUCAUUUACCUCUAGGGGUGUCCUGAUACAACUUUUUUACCCCGAUACGAUACCGAUAUUGGAGCCUUCAGUAUUGGCCGAUACUGAUAUUGAUAUGAUAUUGGUACAAAGUUUUGCACUCAACUGCAACACGGCCGACAUCACUCCUACUCCUCUUUACUUUGUUCAUACCUUAGCACACACUGUUGUUGUUAUGUGGGCUCUACCUGCUGGAUCAGGGCGCUGCUAGAUAGAGGAGCCGGAGCGGAAUCUGGAAUGGACUGCUUGCAUCGUAGAAACAGACUUACCCCCAAUUUUCACUGCAUCCUGAAUGGCUCCGAUCCGGAACAGCAGUGAUUUUUUGCCAUCUGCCGAUUCCUACAGCAAGUAGUCUCUUAGCCACAGAUGCUAACCAUAUAAGCAGUAGAUUGUGUCCUUUGAGAGGAGGAAAUCUACGCCCUACGAUACGGCCUUUUCGUAGCUAUUCUGGAUGUGGUUGAAAUUGGGGGUUACCGCUCAAACCCGCAGGAUUUAGAGAAGAGGGGUUCACUUGAUACUAGGCGUGUCCCGACACAAUAUUGAUACCCGAUAUCGGUCUGAUAUCAGCAAAAAAAAUUAAUAUUGGAUUAUAUCGGCCUGGAUCCAGACUCCUCUUUCUAGCAGCGCCCAGAUCCAGCAUGCAGAGCACAAGUGAUCACAACAACAGUGUGUACUAAGAUACUAACAAAGUAGAGAGGAGUCGGAGUGAUGUCGGCCGUCUGUUGGUAUUUUUGUUCAAGUCUGAAAAAGAAACUUGUCAUACACAAUUUUGUGCCAAUAUCAGAUCAAUAUCAGUAUCGUAUCAGAAAUAAAAAAGUUUUAUCGGGACACCCCUACUUGAUACCAGAUGAUCCGACCUUUUCCCACAGAAGUUCCUUCAUAUUCCUCUAUCUUAUAUCUGAGGAACUCACUAACAUCACCAUCAGUUAGUCGGUCCUUUAAGUCCCACAUGAAAUAAAUUCAUCCGGUCUGACGUUGACAUACGUGACCAGUGAAUCACCAUGCUGUUAAAAGCGAGCAGAACCCCAGAUUCUUGCCAUUUGCACGUGUCUCCGCCUCAUUCACAUCUGAUCACGUCUUUACUUUGAUUCUACGUAAAGUUCACUUUCAGGAAUGAUUUUACUCACAUUUGGUGUGAGCACAACAUCACGACAAAGCAGGAUCUAUUCUGAAGUUAAAGUUUCAUCCUGAGAUUGAAACGGUAGCUGUCGAUCGAUAUCUUUAGUUCUACAGACUUCUGUAACUCAGCUGAAUCAGAGAAUAACAUGACCUUGAUUUUCCUGAGUUUCCACAGACAUUAAAAGCUGACUGUAAAAUAUAAACUACAAUAAAUGAUGGUGUCGUCGGCGUAACGAAUGAUACAACAGAGAGGGUGUCAGUCUGUCUCCUCCGACAUUUUCUACCUAUCAUGUCCGAUCAAAAUAAAGGCGAAAAAAGUUAAAAUAAACUAAAAAAACAAAUGUUAUUUAACCCUUUAAUGCCUUUUUUUAAUCAUAUUUGAUACAUACUUUUAUAUACUUCUAUUAAAUAUGAUCAACGAAUUACUAAAAAAACACCUGAACACAGUCGGAUAAAUGAUAAAAAUGUCCUCUUGUAGUUUAUUAGUUUCCAAAAACAUCUGAUGUAUCAAACGAGAUAAAUAAAUAUAUUUGUUAAAUUUUAAGGACAUUUAGAGUUUUUGAAAUAAAGAUUUCAGCUCCAAAAAAACUGAAUUUUCUGGCCAUAAUUUGUGGUUUCAGGCAUUAAAGGGAUAGAGCAAAUUAUUUCUAAAUAUUGGCUGAAAUAAAAAUAAAUAUAAAAGAUGAAAUUAAUAGAUUUUAGAUUCACAGUUCAGCACAACAUGGAGAGUCAAGAGUGCAGGAUCGCCUCCGUCUCUGCAGAGCAGCACAACACCAAAACAUGUGAUCGUGUAAAAUGUGUGUAUCCUUUGGUUUGUGCACAAUCAUACUGAACUGUGUGUGUGUGUUCCUGUCUGUGUGUGUGUGUGUGUGUGUUCCUGUGUGUGUGUGUGUGUGUGUGUUCCUGUGUUUGUGUGUCUCCAGGCUGCCUUGAGGAGGCUGGCAGCAGGGUGUCCAGACAGCAUUGAGGCAGCAGACCACCAGCAGCUGAUCAAACCCCGGCUGGUCGACUCUUUCCUGCUGUGUUCCAACAUGGAGGAGAGCUUUGUAUGA